UCAUAACGUCAUAAAGGCGCGCAAGAGCGUGAGGUACGUUGUCAGGUGUUGGGACCAAGAAUCUAGCAACGUCGGUUGUGACAGCCUAUGGCUCGCCCACGGUAGUUCAUUCCAAACACACUUCGCACUCACCAGAAUAUUUCAACCGAGAACAACUGCAGCAGGCGUACUAACUGACGUGGGCUUCAAAUGAGGUCCUGCUGUUAUGGAUGCACAAGACGACGGAUAUUACGCUUCAUGGAACUCCUAUCGAAGGAGACCGCAGUGCAAGCUCCUGGAAACUAUAUAUGAAUAUCCAAAGCUGCGCAUGAAUGGCAGGAAGCAGUUCAUGUCCGUGAGGAAAUACAAGCGGUUCAUAGAUUUCACUGCAGGGCCAACAGCGAGCAAAACGUGGAAAAGAAGUCAAAAAGCGCGGAAACUUGCUAGCAGUCGCUUAAAGCACGCCUUUGGAGCUUCCAACUACGGUGACGGGCCGCUGCACUCGGUCCGCCGUGUGCGAAAUGCAAGAGCGCGCACACCGCCUUUGUUCGAGAACCGAUCGGUCUCGCAAGAAUGCUCCGAAGCAUGGACGAGGCCGCCGAGCUUCUUCAAAACUGCCGUUGCUGCUGCUUUGGAACGUGUGGGCGAGACAGAUGACGGGUCUGCCAGGAACGACGAGCCUCGUGUAGGGCCAGCGUGUAUUGGUAACUUUGAAUUGCCAGAAACCUUUGUUGUGUCAAACACGGACUUAAUUGUUGAGGAGGCUGCCACUAUUGAAUUGCCUCUAGAUUGCAGAAGCGAGAAGGAAGAUACUCUAGGCAUCGAUUUUAAUAGAGAUUGUUCAGUACGUGAAUAUGACGAAAAUGUUUCAUCCGGGGAUAGCACUAUUACUCCGUGGUGCUGUGUGCUGCAAUGUCCAGAGACAAAGGAAGAUCAUACCAUGUAUUGUUACAGCAGUGGUGAUCCGUCGCGGGUGGUUGACUGUAGAAACGGUGCUUUUUGUGGGAAAAGCCAGGGGGAAACACUGGGCGGAACAGUGCCAUUAUAAGGUUUUCGUACAGUUUCUGACAGGAGGCCCCUGCGUGCGUGGCCAACAUGCCAAGGGGACGAUGUCUCUAAUACCGCGAUGGAACGGGUUUCAGUGGUUGACACAGCUCACAGUCUCUGUGAGAGUGUUGUGAAAACCAGUGGAGCAAGUGGUCAUUAGAAUAGUAAGAGUUGUUUACUAAGCCAGGCAGUAAAAGCUAACAAUGGUAAUGUUAUAUAACAUUAUUUUGCUAGCUUUUAUGUGCACAUGAUAUGUGACAGUCGCUAGUACACAAGAGUUUUUUUAUGCUGCAUUUGUUGUUCUAUGUAAAACUUAUCAGUGAGCAGUGCAUUAUUGCAAAAGGCUUGUGCAGUGCAGCUGAUACAGUGUAAUACAGUCCAAAUGCAAACAUAAUGUGAACCUGCAUUGUGAUCCUCUGCUGUGCCUUUAAUUGCUGAGCACACAUGCAGGAAGUUUUAUCACAGUCAGUAUGGGCUACGGUAUGCGAGUGCAUAGCAAAGGGCUGUCCCAGGUUACUUGUACAGAUUAUACUUUGUUCACAAAUUGGACAAGGCACCAAUGUUCCCGUAGCGUAUAAAUACAGUGGUGCCUUUUUGUCAUGUGGAAUAGUUUAGGACUGUCGAGCAAAGAAUGUUGAAGUUGUGGCUUGUUUUAUUUCUGGAAUAAUGAGCGCUCGCAACUUGUGCAAAAAGUGAUCACUGCGUGUUUUCGCGAGACCAAAAUUUUGAACAUUGAUCUAAAAGAAAUAGUCGUAAUGAGCCCUGAAAAGAUGUUUGAGACAAGGGAGCUUGCAUCCUCCCCUUGAAUGUCCCAGUAUAAACUGGGACUUCGUACAGUAUAAACAUCUUGUGAUAGGCACCAUUAUGCAACUUUGGGAAGGUGCUUUGCCAUGCGCUCUUGCAAUGUAGGCCAUAAUGAACAAAAUGCUACUUGUUUAUUUUAUUGCUCCAAUGGUGCGAGAAGAGUCUAGCAAUUGUUUGCCUGGCCAGCAUGCACAUUUGUCUAAAAAUUCUUGGACCAAGGUGAUGGCCCUCUGACAUAUAGUUGCACUAUUACUGUAUACUAGUGAUCUUUGGUUUAUAAGUACCUGCUAGUCCGAUCUGAUCGCAACAAGCAUUUGGUUGCAUUGCAAGUUUUUUUAGAUGUUUUCAGAUACUUUAGCGUUAUAGACUAAGAGAUGACUUUUUGUCACCUUUGUACUUUAACUGUUUUAUAUAUUAACCAAACUUUUUUUAGUUCUGUUCCUGGCGCAAAAAGCUGAAAUGAGAAUUGUGCGCCUUUUCAAUGCUGUACCAAAAAGCUGGUCUUUCAUUACUGUUGUAUGUUAUAUUUCGAGAACUGUUGUAUAGUUAACCGAAGUUUUCAAGUUCUGUACCUGGAUUAAAAAAAAAAAAAAGAAACCGGGGA